UAUCCCAGCCAAGCUCUGGACUCUCCCACUCUCGUUUUCGAAGCCGCUUUAGUUUUUAGCCCCAGCAGCUGCUCUUCCUCUUCCAAAACCCUUCUUCUAGGGUUAGGGUUUGGGCUAGGGUUUGCCUCUAUGUUCCUUUGUCUAUCUUCUGUCUAGGGUUUUCUGUAGUAGUAAAUAGAAAUUCUUUUAUUGUUUCUGUGCUCGUUUUUAGUCGUUUGGGUUCGUUCCGGAUCUCGAUCUGUGUUCGAGAAUGAUGGAUACUCGUAAAAGAGGGCGGCAUGAAGCUGGUGCCUUCCAUGCUAAUGGUGGCUUCAAGAAGAACAAGCAAGAAUUGGAGUCCUUUUCAACUGGUGUAGGAAGCAAAUCGAAGCCAUGCACCAAGUUUUUCAGCACUGCUGGCUGUCCUUUUGGCGAGAGUUGCCACUUCCUGCACUAUGUUCCUGGUGGUUAUAAUGCUGUGGCUCAGAUGAUGAAUCUUGCGCCUGCUCCUCAAGCAUCUAGGAACAUUGCUCCCCCACCAUCCAAUUCAAAUGGAUCCAGUUCAUCUGCAGUUAAAUCGCGCUUAUGCAAUAAAUAUAAUUCUGCUGAAGGCUGCAAAUUCGGUGACAAAUGCCAUUUUGCACAUGGUGAGUGGGAACUUGGCAAGCAUCUUGCUCAGUCCCACGAUGAUCCCCGUGCCAUGGGACCUGGUCCAGGCCGCAUGACCAAUUGGAUGGAGCCACCCCUUGCAGGCCCUGCAUCUAGCUUUGGUGCCUCGUCCACUGCCAAAAUCAGUGUAGAUGCUUCGCUUGCAGGAGCCAUUAUUGGGAAGGGUGGUGUAAAUUCGAAGCAGAUUUGUCGCCAGACAGGUGCCAAGCUUUCAAUCCGGGAGCAUGAGUCAGAUCCCAAUCUCAGGAACAUUGAACUAGAGGGGACCUUUGAACAGAUUCAGCAAGCAAGUGCCAUGGUGAGAGAGCUAAUUGUGACUGUUUCAAUGUCUGGCCCUGCAAAAACUCCUGGAGGAGGAGCUCCAGGGGCCCCGGCCCCUCCUGGAAGUAACUAUAAGACAAAGCUAUGCGAUAAUUUUACCAAAGGGACUUGCACCUUCGGAGAUAGAUGUCACUUUGCACACGGGGCUGCUGAAUUGCGGAAGUCUGGGAUGUGAGUGCUCUUUCAGUUUUUGCUUGCAACCUUGUACUAGUGGGAGAGCUGUUUUGAUUUGUCCAUGUGCAAUGCAACUUAGCGGAACUAACAAAAUUAUGAUAAUUUUUGGGCAUUUGGUUUCCUUUGUUUCUAGUGUAGCUUGUAGGCAUAAGUUUACUUUCUGAAUAUAUGUUUUAUAUGCUCGUCAUUUGUUUAUGUGGAAACUAGGGCAGGAUUAUUUGUCCAAAACUGUUGGUAAUUUUGAUGACACUUGCAGAACGUGGGUAGGAUUUUAAGCCUUAUAAUAACUUUUGUGUUUCAAUUGAAGUUCAUUAAGAACUGCAAAC